UUGCCUUUCUCGAUCAUCGUUGACUUUUUGUACCGAAAUCUGCAUGGUACCCGAGGAGCAGGGCGAGAGCACGUCAUUAAUGAUGGUGCCAAAGAUAGUCGGCAUGAUGCGGGGUUGAUCUCAUCCCGUAUAUGCAUAGCACGCAGACCGUCGACAACUUCCUCCAAGCACCACCUCUUCGGCGCCCAACUAAUUGCAUUCUGCAAAGCAAGAAGCGAUAGCAAGCGAAGAGUCAUGUCUGUGAAAUCUUUCCGGGACCUGCUGGGUAUGCCACCCAAUACCGCGUCUACAUCUGAUUCAGCUCUCAUCAUCAUCGACGCGCAAAAUGAGUACUCUUCUGGCGCUCUAAAAGUGACAAACGCAAAGGAGAGCGGGGAUACAAUCGCCAAGCUGCUCGACAGAUAUCGCAAGGCGAAUGGGAAAAUCAUUCACGUGCUUCAUGAGACACCAGAAGGAGCACCUGUUUUUACGCCUGGGACGGAACUGGCGAAGGAGUUUGAGCAGGUCAAAGCAAAGGAUGGCGAAACCGUCAUUGGGAAGAAAUUCCCCGGCGCAUUCGAACAAACCGAACUGAACGAUACGUUGAAAUCCUGGGGUAUCGAGAAAGUAGUGUUGGUGGGAUACAUGGCACACGUCUGCGUUUCGACAACGGCGCGCGAAGCCAUGCAAAAGGGCUAUCAGGUCGUGCUAGUGGAAGAUGCCAUCGGGGACCGAGAUAUUCCGGGCGUGAAGGGGGACGAGGUGACCAGGGUUGCUUUGGCAGAACUGGCCGAUGUUUUUGGGACUGUGGUGAAGAGCUCGGACAUUAAUUGA